CUUAUCGUCUCGCUUCCAGGGUCGCUCCACACUGUUCGGAAGAGUCGUAUAACUAUGGCAGUCAUGGCUCUCCAUUGACCAGCCUUUGGUACCCUGUGCUACAAUGGACGGUUCGGCCGGAUUCAAUCACUCUACGAAUCGUUACGCUCUCCGCUCCGCUUCUCUUAUUAGUCUAAUUGGAUUGCCUAAAUCGGCUCAAACUGCGGUUACACUUCAAAUGAUAGGACGCCCUUUGGGAAGCAGCUGGAGGAUAGCAUCUGCUCCGAGCUCUAGUCCUGGAAUAGCAAGGAGAAAGACUUUCAGAGGAUUGUGUCGAGCCUCGAUUGACCACAUGCAGGCCAAGGUUUCUUCUUUGAGUGACUCAAGCAGCCUAAUGACUGUUCGGGAGACUUUUGAGCGCAGAAAACUACUGUUAGCAUCAUUUAUUGGGCUUAGCGUUGAUACCUUCCAACACGCUCUGCACAAUAGUAUGGCAAUGGCAGCUGAAUUUGCUGAUAUGCCAGCUCUGCGUGGAAAGGACUACGGAAAAACUAAAAUGCGAUAUCUAGACUAUAUAGAGACACAAUCUGGUCUUCAAUACAAGGAUUUACGAGAAGGUGAUGGUCCGAAACCUAAGAUGGGAGAGAUUGUUGUGGUUGACUGGGAUGGUUACACAAUUGGAUACUAUGGACGAAUUUUCGAAGCCCGUAAUAAGACUAAAGGCGGUUCAUUUGAGGGUGAAGAUAAGGAUUUUUUCAAAUUCAAGCUUGGAUCACAGCAGGUCAUACCAGCAUUUGAAGAAGCUAUAAUUGGCAUGUCUCUGGGAGGUAUCAGGAGGCUAAUUGUACCACCUGAAUUGGGGUAUCCUGAUAAUGACUUUAAUAAGCUUGGGCCAAGACCUACAACCUUUUCAGGGCAGAGAGCUCUGGAUUUUGUGCUGAAGAAUCAGGGCCUUAUAGACAAGACCUUGCUGUUUGAUAUAGAGCUCCUCAAAAUCAUCUCUAACUGAUCUAAUAACAAGUCUGGCUUCUACGAUUUGGCCUUAAUGGCACAAAUUUUGUUCAUGUUGGAAUUAUACGAAUUGGGUGGUCAGGUAUAAGUGGAAGAAAAGUUGAUUUUGGGAUUCAUUAAAUUUCAAAUAAUUUUUUUUCUGCAUCUUACAUGGGAAACUGCUAUCGACCGUUGGUCUGUACAAAUUUAUCUUAGGGCAUUUACAUAUAUGCCACCUAAUUUU